GGGUUUGGUAAGCUCUGAUCAUUUUCUGUUGACCGUUUUUCCGCCUCUUCAUUCAUACAUCCUGUUUUAACCUCAUUUCACCUUAACAGUUAAAGACAAAAGUGUUGGACACGGAUCUGCGUGUUUUCUUUCCCUUUUUUGAACAAUAAAUCAUUUUUUCUAACACUCAAAUCGGACUGAUCAUUCAAGCGAGUCACAGAUGCAAGCGAACCUAAACCCCAGCGGCCUUGUUUUGUUGAAGGAAAGCAGUUGCUACAAGAAGUAAAAACGCAUUUUAACGGGUGUUAAGUCUGAAUACUUGAGUUGAAUAUAUUGUCCUUAAAAAUGUGGAAUUUUCACUUUCUCUAGGAAGGUAAAAAAGUGCCGGAUUGUCUCUGUGAGGACAAGAAGAGGAGACUGGGUUGCCUCUUUGUCACUGUGACCUGCUCGACCAUGUUCAGAUCUAAUUUGGAGAAACGGGAGCAUGUGCUGUUCAUUUCAGCCGAUGUGAGGGUUAUUUAUCUUUGGGGGGAAAAAAACCACAGGGAGACAAGGAUUCACGUAUUGACAAGGACUGACACACAUUCACGAUGAACCAACAAGAAACAGGGGAAGACGGGGACUAUAUACACGCUGGGAAACGAGCAACAGGUGAGGCAAACGAGACACAGGUGAAACUCAAGGGUGAUUAAAAAAAAAACAAGGAAUCGACAACUACAAAAUAGAACAGGAAACACUGAAAACUGAUCUAAAGAAUAAAACACUGAGAACAAGAGGGAAACAGGGUCAAACACAAACUGAAAACUGGAUCACAGGAACAGAAACACGAGGAAAAACACACAGAAAAUACACAUCAAUAACAAAACCAGGGAAAAACUACAUUAACAGAACAUGUCAUGACAUAAAUAGUCACUAGAAUUGAUUCCUGGGUUAAAGUGAGCACCGUUCUCAGUGGUUAUGUUGACAUAUAUACAAGUGAGACGUAACUGAGACACAUGAGGAAAAAAGAUAAGCAGUAGAGAUGUUUACUAAUUGAUAAACAACCGUCAUAUGUGCAUGGACGCACAGAUAAAUUAAUCUCCUCACUCUCUCGGUUUGUCGCAGGGGUGGGUCAGCCCAGACUGCACAGCAAUGUCAGCGAUCUUAUGACUUGUGGGGCAGUAAACAAGGUUGGCAGGGACAGUGAAGAAGACGCACUGGGAAACUCUCCUCCUUACAUGCAAACUGACUCCUCCACAAAACUGUGAGUAUGAAUUAUUCUGCAGUGUGUGUUCAAAGAGAUUAUUUGCAGCAUUUAGCGUGUUAACCUUGUUAAACGUGGAGCUUGUUGGCACUAUCCGGCUCUGAUGUUGAAAGUUUAGAUUUAAAUGCAUGUUCAGUGAUGCACACAAGACAAACAGGUUUAAAACAUUCACAGGAUUUCCCUUGUACACUGUUUUUACGUGACUUUUUACAUGUUUUAAAACGACUUGUUUAACUAAUAGUCAUCUUCAGAUUGAGAUGCUUUACUAAUGAUCACUGUUAGUCAUGUGAAUAACGCCAAAUGUAUUAAAUUUCAUAAUUUUUAUCACAUGAAUUCAUCUCUUGUGUUCCCAUGUUGCAUGUGUGACUUGUCUGCAGGAAGAAUGGCGAACACACAAGUGCCUGUUGGUGAGUUUGUACCGCCUUUAACCACAGACAUAGAGUUUGUCUUUUCCACCUUUAACAUAAAUCUGUAACCCCUUUAUGUUAUAAAGGCCCAGUCGGCCCACUGGGAGACGGUCCAGUUCAGGUUCCCUGUCCAAAAUGUAAACAGACAGUUCUUACCAAAGUGGACUACACCUCUGGUCUGCUCACCUACCUCUCCUGUGGAGGACUCCUUCUCUGUGGGUAAGAAGAGGAAGAAACACUUUAUCUGUUUAAAUACACGGCUUUAAAUCCUGGUUAAAGCUGCAAAAGUUUGGGUUGUACAGAGGAUGGGCAUGUCAAGAAAAAAAUCAUCAAAUCGACAAACUGAUUUAAAUUGAUAUAUAUCUAACUUAGCUUUUUUAAUGAUUUGAUAAAUUAAUCUUUUAAAAUGAUAGAUCAACACAUACUUAGAUGAUCUGUGAUUCUUCCCAGCUUUGUCUUCGGCUGCUGUCUCAUCCCCUUCUGUGUGGACCGGCUGAAAGAUGUGCAGCACUCCUGUCCGAACUGCAAGACUGAAUUAGGCAUCUUUAAACGCAUAUAAACUGAUACUCAAGAAGAUAACUUGCUAGUUACUUGGUUCAUUUGGUUUUUAUUUUGGGACAUUUGGCAUCACCACUAUGAGGUGCUUUUUUCACAAUUUUAUGUCAUUUUUAAGUCAUUUCUUAUACCAAAGGCUAAUUUAGUAAAUAUCAAACUAAGCUCUGACUAAAUCGUUUUCUUCCUACAAACAUAUUUCCAACACACAUGGAUAACAGAUGCUAGUUUGAAAUAAAUAAAUAAAAGUACCUUUUUUCAGACUCUAAAGAGUAUAGCAGCGCCAACGUCAGCAUGGGGGACGUGGUGUGUAACGUGCCAGCGCGGCCAUUUUGACAGACAUAACAACACUAUUAACAUUGGAAUGAAUGAAAUUAGGAUGAGGUUAGGUUUUAAAAAUCAACUAUUUAUUAACUGACUACACAGUAGUGAAGAACGGAGUGUAGAGAGCAAAACUUGGACUCAACAUUCCGUGCAGGGACAAGCUGAACAAUGAAGAAAGAGAGCGUUACCUUAGCAACAUUGUGGACAUUGCUGGACUCGACCCAUAUGAACACACUGUCUAUCCAGGAGAUGAUUUCGAGAUGCCAGGACCACUAAACCGAGUGCAUUUGAUGCACUCGGUAUGAUAGAGAUAAAGUGUUGAACCAGCUUUUUAGAUUAACAAAAGAACAUGAAUAAAAGAAAAGAGAAUGUGAGGGUCUUAUUUUAGGAUAGUACAUAAGUCAAGUAAAGAAAAGAAUUUUAGGGCUUUUUUGUUUUUCAUGUAGUUCCAAGAUUUUUUGUAUAUUCUGAGUUUGUUUGUCCAUCCAUUGAAGUGAUUCAGUGUAUUAUCCAUCCAUUCAAUUAUUCCAUUCAAUCUAGUAAAUGAAAAAUGAAAAAAAACAAACACUAUUUUUUGAUCUAGAUAACCAAAAAAUAAAAAAAUAGUGUUUGUUUUUGUAUUUUCAGUUCAAAACAAAAUAUAUAAUAGAGAUAGAAAUGAAAACAAGAUAAUAAAUCUACCUUCUGUUUUUCGGGUUAUUGAUGUCCCCAUUUCCCACGGUGCCACAUGUGCAACAAAGUCACCAACAACGUGGACCAAAAGAUUUAAUAUGUUUUUGUUUCCAUCUCUAUAAUAUAUUUUGAUUUGAGCUGAAAAUAUGAAACAAACAUUUUUUUUAUUUUUUGGUUGUACAGAAAAACAAAUAAACAAAAUAUUGACUCGUUUUUUCGUUUACUAGAUUGAAUAGAAUAAUUGAGUGGACGGAUGAUACAUGGACCCAUCCAUUGAAGUGGGGCUUCAUUUUUAGGUACUUAAUCUGUGAAUGAAAUGUUUUACACAUGGGGUAUUUUGGCUCCAUAUUCGUACGAUGUACAUUGUAAUUUUGCAUUUUUUAUUGUUAAUGUGGAAAAGCAUAAUACCCCCCCCCCCCCCCCAACUGAAUUUGAUUUAAAAAAUCAUUCUGGUGUUAUCUACUGUCUGUCAAAACAAAAGUUAUCAAAUCAUAUUUACUUACUUCUAAUUAGGUCUAACAUGCAUAUUAAUGAUCGAGCUGUGUGAGUUUAUGUAACUGCACAAAUAAAACAACUCUUUGUGAAAA